AUGCGGAGAGCGUCCAGUUCGUCUGCGACGAGCACGCCGACGUCACAUCGCCUGCCAGUGAAUUCAAGGCGCCAUAGAGUUGCCCCAGAGCAGAGGAGAAGAGUCGCCACAGCUCAGUGCAGUAACUCUUCGAGGGAGUGCAUUUACCCACCAGUGGUUGAGAAGGUCACCAUCCCGAAGGACGAAUUGGACCAGCUGAGAGCAAAAUGUGCACAGCUCGAACGAUGUCUUGAGCAACUGGUACCAGACGACACUCACCGACAGGCUCUGAUGUCCCAGUCUGGCGCUGGUCCCAUGAGUGCUGCCAGCAGCACAACAGCUACUUUGGAUGCCAGUGAUGAUGCAGAUACUGAUAACGAGGGUCGCGUUCUGCGUGACUCAGCCGGCGUAGGACGCUUCCAUGGUGCGACUUCAGGGGCGACAUUCUUGGAUCUCCUGAAAGAGUUCAUCACAGCUGUCUUUCCAAUCGCUGAUCCGGACUUAGAGCAACGGGGAAUGACUUUCCUGAGCUCACUUGGACACUAUCAGACAUUCGACUCACAGCCGCUUAUGAUAGAUAAUACCUCGCAGUCAUUCUGGCCCCCUCAAAAGACAGAAAUGGCUAUGAUGAUGGCUAAUCUACGAUACCUCAUUCAGGAUGGCAGUGGCGAUUUCAUCUCUGGCGGAAUCUAUUACUGGGGUGACCUUGAUAUUUCAUUGUACGACCCUACCUCCGAAUGCGUAUCCUACCCGAGUGCCCAACGUCUUGCUCUGUUUUACGCCGCCUCUGCCAUCGCUUGCCAGUUAGAGUCACCAUCAGCACAGAGACACAGUACACAGCACGGCGAGUCAUUCUUUGCCGAGGCUAGACGGCUUUUGGGUAAUCCGCUUGACCCAGCGUUGUGUAAUAUAUCUGGAGCAACUGUACUAGCAGUAAUGAGUAUUUACCUGGUCGAAAUGAACCGGAGAGAUACUGCAUACAUCUACGUUACCCUUGGAAUGCACAUUCUUACGACUCGUGGUGUACAUAGAGGUUGGAUCGAGGGUGAAGGAGCUGAGGCUGAAUGUUGUAAACGAGUAUUCUGGACCUUGUACGUCCUAGACAGGUGGCUAAGUGUUUUGAUGGGCCGGCCUCCCACGCUGAUGGACGAGGCGAUCAAGCUCGCUCUUCCAUGCGAUACCCCUGGACUUCCUUCAGCAGCCGGUCUAGAGGCGCAUGUAAAGCUGGCGAGGAUAGCCGGUUAUAUCGUCUGUCAUACGUACAGGAUUUCGUCAUCAGAGCACUAUACGCUAGGGACGACAGAACGUAUCGAAAAAGCCAUGAGAUCGCUGGCUAGCUGGUCCAAUGAUCUUCCCCCCGCAAUGCGUAUUGUUGGCGACCAGGUCAGCAAUGAUAGAGCAUGCUGUGAGCUACACAUGGCUGCUGGUCAGCUCACUAUAAUAGUAGUCCGCCCAAUCUUCUUUAGCGCUAUCAAGGAAGCAGUUGCCGAGCGUUUUGCUAGUCCAAACUGGAAUCUUGAGGCACAUCCGCGAGUCACACAAAUCAGGAGCUGCUGUGACGCUGCUCGGAGAAACUUGAGGCUCGGAAGAUUUGUCCGCAGCUCAACUCCAUCUCAUAAGCUUAUGUCCCACAUACUGCACUAUAUCUUCAAUGCUGCCGUAACACUUCUCCUAAAUCAGCUUCUUGUCGACAGUCUUGAAAGCGACCGAGCCGAUAUCUUAUUUGCGACUGACUGCUUCAAAACCGAAACACAAGGCGACAGCAACUACGUCCGGGACUGUGCGGGAGUCCUAAGUCAGUUGACCAUGGUGGUUGAUCAAUGCAACCUAAGCAUGAACCAAGCUCAGCUACUGCUACCAGGCCGCCAAACAUCGACUGCCUUUCAUGUACCUCAAGUCCAAGCGCAGUCCGAAUCGUACCAUGUUGGAUUCAUUGUGAGGCAUUCCGAGCAACCGUUGGACGACACGCCACAAGGCGUGAUGCCCAUGGAGCUGAUCAACUCUAUGGCUGCCUGGAGGCCUGACGACUUCUUCCAGCUCUAUAACAACAAUCCCAUGUGA